AAUCCCCCGAAUGGCAGAUCGCGACCAGAGAGCAUCUGUGAGCGCGCCUGGACCCCUGUCGCCGCGUUGAGACCACCUGUUCCAGAGCUUAAUAUGCAGUCGACACUGGGCCUGUGGGCGGGAGUGCUGGCCGUCGCCUUCUGCACCCUGAUCUGCGCGGGCACGCCGGCCGAGGCGUACCCCCCCAGACCCGACAACCCGGGCGAGGACGCGCCGGCGGAGGACUUGGCCAGAUACUACUCGGCCCUGAGGCACUACAUCAACCUCAUCACCCGGCAGCGGUAUGGGAAGCGGUCCAGCCCCGACUCCUUGUUCUCAGACCUGCUGUUGAGAGAGAGCACAGAGAGCAUUCCCAGGACCAGAUUCGAAGACCCUACCCUGUGGUGAUGGGAGCAGUGCUCUCCGAUAUGUGUGUCCCCUCACGUCUCGCAUCGCCGUCACACCAACACCCCGAGUCCAGGACGCCAGGGUCCCAAAGACAGAUGCUGCAUGCCACCAUCUCCAUCCAACUGUGUAGGAAGAACUCUUGCAUCAUACUGUAUAUACAUUUAUGUAAGCAAUAUAUUUGUGCAUUGCAAUUAUAAUAGUGGAAAAAAAACUAUUAUUUGUAUAGUAAAAUUGCGCUAUUAAAAUUCAUUUAAAAAUA